AUGUCGCAAGGUGAUUUUACGGCCAGCAGUGCGAACCACACUCACCAUAAUUUCAAUCAUACAACACCUAGAGGCAGUGGCACUCAACAAUUAUCAUCGGUUGAAACGAAUAACAACAACAGCGAGAGUAGUAGAUCGAUGGUUGUUUCAUCAUCGUCAUCGGGAAUUUCAUCAGCAUGGAGCAAGCCUGCAUCAUCAUCGUGCACGAACGCUCCCACAAAGAAGAGUUCUACAACACAAGCUUGGCGAAAUGAUGCAGUAUCUCCUUCUGUCAACACAUCACCACAAGAGCUUAAGAUCAAUUUGAGAGACACUAAAAGCAAAGGAAAUACCUAUUCUCAGAAAAACCUUCAUUCUUUCAGAGUUGUGAAUGUUUCUUCCUCUAGUAAUGUUAAAAGUCCUAAACCUGGAUCCUCCACUUUUACAAGAAAACCUUCCUCCGAGAUCCAAUCGUCUUCUUCACAAGACGAAACCCCAAAAAAUUCAGCCUUGUCAUCUGUGGCAUUGACUUCGCCCAGAGGUGAUUGUUCACAAGAAAUGAAAGACGAUUUGAAAAGAUAUAUCGAAGAAUUACAUAGAGAAUGUGAAGUAAAUGGCCAAGAUUUUACGAUGGAGGUUGUCAACAUUUUGUCCUCGACAUGUAAUGAGCUUUCGGAGCUUUUACAACGACAAACAGAACAACGAUCAUCUACAAAUUUAUCUAGCAGUAAUAGUCCUUCCAUGGCAGACCUAGUUUCAGGUUCGCUUUUGAAUGAUGUCAUUCCAUCACCUUCGAAUUUUGGACAAAUCCAGUACAAUACAUCAUUUGAAGAAUUGUUCAAUAGUCCUAGCUUUGGAACCCAAGGAAGAUGCUGGGGAGAUGUCUCACCUGACAUCUCACCGCCCAGCUCUCCUGAUAUUAUGUCUGUUCGAGAAAGACUCUCGUCGCCAAGCAGAAGAAAACUCUCUCCUGAUGACAUUCGAAGACGACAAGAAGAAAAAAUGGCCAGAUCUGCAUGGAAUAGACAGACAAAACAGAUCCAACAAGAAGUCAAAUUUUUGAGAGAAGCUGAAAAGCAAAAGGAGGUGUUGAAGAAGAGAGAGAAGGAGUUAGAAGAAACAAAAAAGAGGCAAGAAGAGAAGCAUGAGAGGGCAAGAAAAAAUAAUCAAAUUCACAUUAAGAAAGUUAUGGAAGAGGCAAGAAAAGAAAGCGAAAAAGUAGAGGAAGUAAAAUUUAUAAAGACCCUUGAGGAAGAAAAGAACAAAUUUCAACUUGAUCAAAAACUGUCUGCAUCACAAGAAAGACGAGAGAGAGAACAACACAAAAUCAAAGUUAAGUGCACAAAGGAUUUGGAAAAAGAAAAAGCUGCAAAAUUAAGACGUGAACAAUUAGAGGCCGAACGACAAAAAGAAAUUUAUGAAAGCAUCAAGGCCAAAGAAAAGAAAGGAGAAUUGAUCAAGGAAAAAAAAGAAAAGGAGUCAGCAGAACGAAUUAACAAGAAAGUUGAGUAUGAAAAAAAGAUACAAAAAACAAAGAAAGAAACUGAGUUAACAACUCAUUUACUCUCUGAAAAAUUAGAAAAAAAGUUAGAAGCUGCUGAAGACAGAAAAACGAAGACUAUCGAGACAAAAAAAGCGAAAGCAUCAAUAGAUCUUAAAAAAGUUGAAGAAGCACGAAAAAGAGCUGUCUCCCCUCCUAAAACUGAAAAUUCAGUGGUCAUUUUGCCCAUCAGUGAAGAAGAUCCUUCUCAUAAUACCAAAAAAGCUAACAAGAAAUUCAAAAAAGCAAAACAAAAGUUCUUAAAGGCAUUCGAGUCCAUGGAAAAGAAAUUACUUCAAAUUAGACCAAAAACAAAACCUAAAACCACCUUAUUCAAAAAGACUGUUCAACAUAUCAAGGACCCGACCAAGUCUGAAGUUCUCAUUUCUGCGCUACUCUCCAUAUCUAGGAUUACCAGAAACGAUAGUUUAGAGACCUUGAGAGAUGAAGGUGCUUUGGACUGUGUUUGUUUACAAAUGAGCCAAUGCAAAGAUGCAGAAGAGAGAUCUGCGUAUAUUCAUGCUCUCAACACACUCUGCAAGAAUAAGGAGAACUUAAUUUAUAUCAAUACCACUAACUCGUUAAUAUGUUCAAUAUUACAAACAGCAAUCGACGUUGGUAAUCAGCCAUCAUCACUUCCUGAAUUGGAAAUGAUGAUUGUUAUCAUUACCAAGCUUUUACAAACACCAACUGCAGAGGCAGUAGAAACAGAGGUCAUGUUUAAGGACUAUUUUAUUGAUUUUAUUGUCAACACUAAACUUUUAGAUACUAUCAAAGCUCAAGUGAAAUAUGUUGAUGAAAUUUCACUUCAAGAAAGAUCGUCAUUCAUUUUAAAGAGCUUGGAGCUGGUUAGAGUGAUGACAACAUUCCCGUAUGCUAAAGUGAGACAUUUACCUGUUUAUGUACAAAAAAAGGGUACUGAAAUUGAAAAUCUAAUCGACAAGUUUAGAAAGACAAACAUUAUUGACGUAUUACCUGUUCUCAGUACCAUGAUACUUGCAAAUGGUCCACUUAGAGGAAAUAUCAAACCAGAAAUGAAUGAUUUAGCACUCAAGAUUACAUUCUUGACAUUUAGAAUUUUGAAUAAUCUAUCCUGUAUUGAUCUUGACUUUGUACAGAAAACAUUGGGAGAAACAUUUCAAACUGAAUUAUUUCAUAUUAUUGGUUAUCUUUUAGCAUACAUUGAAUCUGUAAAUUACGACCCAUCCAUUGUAGUAUAUGAUGGUUUCACAGCUCCCAAUACCAAAAUUACUGUUCCAGAUCUAUUGAACGAGAUUAUUUUGGAAAUUGGAUACUUUUGUUUAGAAUGUCCGUCCAAUCAAGACAUGCUUCAUUAUCACAACGGAAGAAACCCAACACUUCUUCAAAGACUCAUCUCACUACCUGAGAGAUAUUAUACUGAUCCUCAAAACAGACAAAUUCUCUUACCGACACUAAUCUGUGCAGUCUUUGAAAACGAUACAAAUAGAGAAAUUCUAAAACAAGAAAUGAAUGUACUCAUUCUCGUACAAUUUAUUGAGCAAGAGGUGGAGGCGCUUAAAAAAGAUACAAAUCUAAGAAACAAAUUCAAUGUUCCUCAUCCUAGAUUCCAAUUUGAGAAUAGAUUUCCUUUAAAGUCAAGAGACAAGGCAAUUUCAUACCUCGAAGGAAAAUACAACAUGUUUAACGAGGAGCCAAAUUCAGAGCCAUCACAUGACACAUCAAUAACUCAUGAAGAAGAUUUAGUAUUGGAGGAUCUGUCAGAUCAACCAAAAACUAUGGAACAGAAAGAAGAUGUAUCCAAAGUGGAAAGCGCUCUUCAAGAGUAA